AGCAUUUUUUAUAAGCUAGCUACACGUAUUUUAUUUCGUCCAAUCGACUUACAGCAGUAACUCCGACAACAAACGUAGAUGUCAAAUCGCUGCACUGUUGUCAUUCAGAACAAAAAGCAUUAACAAAGUCGAAGGAAUUUUAAUUUUGCCAGGACACACUAAAUCCACAAAAAUGUUGAAAUGUCUCCAAGAAAGCCUUUAUACUUUGUCUCCUGUUUCUGUAUCGGCAACGACAGUCCUCCUCACCAUCAUUUACUAUUACUUAAAAAACAGAAAUAUUCCACCUGGACCACUCGGAGUUCCGUAUCUGGGGAUGUGGCCGUUUCUGGCUCACUACACUGGCCAUAUCAAACUUCAUGAGAUGAAGAAAAAAUAUGGCGACGUUUUCAGUUUCACAAUUACCGGACAGUUGUACAUCAAUCUCGGAACUGUGAAAGCUCUCAGGGAAGCACACAUAACUAAAGCUGAUUGCUUCGCUGGAAGGCCAACUGUGUUUACCAUGGUGGAAAAUGCUUUUGAGGGAGGACUUCCGUACAUAAAUGGUGAGCAUUGGAAAAUCAUGCGGAAGUUUUUCUCUCAAGGUUUUAAAGAAUUCGGCCUGACAGCAUCAAAGAAUGUCAAUGAUGGGCAAAUAUACGACUAUCUAAACUCAACAGUAGAAAAACUCCGUGCGUCACGUGAUACUACUGUGAAUAUCGUAGAACUCUUUGCAGAGAAAUGCACGAAUAUGAUGCAUGGAAUGGUUUUGGGCAGCGAUGCAAUGACAAAAGAAGAAUUUAUGGAAUUCAACAGCAAUUAUGAAAAAAUGUUAGGAAGCAUGUCUCCACUAGAUAUGAUGACUACUGGAUUUUUCGCUAAGAGGGUUAUCGUACCGUUUCGUCACUCAUACAACAAAAGUUUAGUAAAUAUGGAAAAAUUACUCUAUAAAAUAAUCGACCGCAGAGAAGCGACGUUUGAUCCAAACAACGUUCGUGACAUUAUAGAAUACUUUUUGAAAGAACGAAAUGAGCGACGGAGCAAAGGAGAUCCUACCGCCCGGUAUUUUACAAAAAAAUGCUUGAUGGCAACCCUUAUCCAGAUCUUAGGCGAUGGUGUCUCUGGUGUUGCAGCUUUUAUAGCGACUUUUGUGCAAUUAAUCGCCAAAUAUCCGGAGGAGCAGGAGAAAGUGUACAAAGAGCUAAUCGAAGUUGUCGGUGUUGAUAGACAACCUUCAUUGGAGGACAAAAGCAACCUACCCUAUACCAAUGCUUUUAUGCAUGAAGUUUUGCGAAAGUCAGAUUUCUUCCCGCUGUUUCCAAGUCUUUUAUGCACAAAGGAAACAACAAUCAGAGGUUAUAGAAUUCCUAAAGGAUCGAUUACGUUAAUGAAUAUAUAUUCUGCUCAUAAUGAUCCAGAAUGCUACGAAAAGCCAGACGAAUUCAGACCUUCUCGAUUUAUUGCCGCUUCAAACAAGCCCAGAGAAGAUUUGCCAAUAAGUUUUGGGGUUGGAAAACGAGCAUGCGCUGGAGAAGGCUUUGCCAUGACUCAAGUAUUCUUGUUUCUGACUACGAUUGUAAAAAAUUUUGAAAUCUCAUUGCCAAAAGAAAUACCCUCAACAAUUGCGGACCUAAUGGAAUUGAAAGUAUGUGUCAAAGAACGAAUUCCUCCGCGGUGAUCUUCGGAUGCCGUCUAUAACUCACCGUAAGGAGCCUGUUUGUACUGUUACACUCCAUCAUAAUUUGUUGCCGUUUUACUCUGGUUACUAAUCAGGAAUUAGUAAUAGUUUUGUUCAUAAUGAGAAUUUGUAAUGUUCUCUACAGGGAGCAAAACAAAUGAGGAACCUACUUUUAUAGUUGCACAUCAUUGUUUAUGUUGAUUUAUUCUGACUGAACCAUGAAAUUGUAAUGUGUUUGCGCCUAAUAAAUGCAUGAAUGUGA